AUGAGGGUGUCCAAUUCAUGCGCAGGCAUAUCAUUCAAGUCGCAAGCUCUGUACUUUUUCGUCUAUGUCACUCGGUAUCUCGACAUCUUCUGGUCCUUCACGGACAGUGCGUGGAACACCAUAUUCAAACUCAUCUUCUUGGCCUCUUCCGCAUACACACUAUACGUCAUGUUGAACGACUACAAGCCUACCCACGACCCGAACCUUGACACCUUUCGUGUAUCCUACCUGCUGGGUGGGGCCGCCGUCCUGGCAAUCGUCUUUCCGUACAAGUGGUCGAUUUCCGAGAUCCUCUGGGCUUUCUCUCUCUGGCUCGAAAGUGUUGCCAUUUUGCCACAAUUGUUUAUGCUGCAGAGGACGGGCGAGGCGGAAACGAUCACGACUCAUUAUCUUUUUGCCCUUGGCAUAUACCGGGCACUAUACAUUCCGAACUGGAUUUACCGCUAUUUUGCUGAGGCGGGUCAUUUUGAUCCCAUCCCUGUUAUGGCUGGCAUUAUUCAGACCAUUCUCUACUCCGAUUUCUUUUGGGUUUACUACACAAAGGUUCUCCAAGGGAAGAGCUUCAAACUUCCAGUCUAA